AUGAUGGAAGGGAAGGGAGAGGCAGGGGGGGAGAGCACGAGAUCGACGGAGGAGAAAGCAAGUUUAGAUGGCAAUGCCGGAGAUAAGAAUGAAGGCGAACGGGGGGAGAAUGACGCAGAAAGAGAACCGAAGCGGCUGAAAUUGGAGGCAGGAGCGUCGGAGGAAGCAAAAACAGCGGAAAAAGCGGCCGCGGAGACGGCAGCCGAUGGCGAGAAGGGCGAAGACGAGGACGCAAACAGAGAGCGCAACCGAAAACACUACAAGAAAAAGAAGGUGGCGCUCUUUAUCGCGUACUGCGGCGCGGGUUACCAGGGUAUGCAGCGCAACCCUGGGGCGCGCACGAUCGAGGGGGAGCUGGAGAAGGCAUUGUAUCGCGCGGGGGCCAUACUGGAGAACGACCUGGGCGACUUCUGGAAGAUCGACUGGAUGCGAUCCGCGCGCACCGACAAGGGCGUGAGCGCGCUCGGGCAGGUGGUGUCCGUGCGCCUCGUGCUGGACCCGCCGGGCUUCGAGGAUCGAGUGCGGCUGCUGGGCUUCGUUAAAGUGACAGCAGGGUUCAAUGCCAAGGACCAGUGCGACCGACGCAGGUACGAGUACGUGAUCCCCACGUUCUGCUUCAACCCGCUGGCCCACCGCGACCGCGAGUACCUGCUGCGCAUGGGGCUCAUCCGCGACCCCGAGGGCGCCCACGGCGGGCACGACGGGCAGGCAGGGGGCGGGGCGGAGGGGACAGAGGUGGAGAAGAGGGCGGAGGGGAAAGAAGAGAGCGGGGCUGCAAAAGAUUGUGCAGCUGGUGGAGGAAAGCAAGAGACGGGGAAGGAGGACAGGUUGAUAGCUGCUGAUAAGUCAUCCGAGGCUGCAACCAACACAAAAGAAGCAGAGAGCAAACCAACAGACAAGCCAGAGGACAAGGCAGCAGAAGCACAAGACAAGCCCAAGGCCACCACGCUCCCUGCCCCUCUUUCCGCCGUGUUCACCCCGCCGCCCUACACGUUCGGCUCGGCAGCUCUGGAGCGACUGAACCACCUGUUAUCCCUCUUCGUGGGCACGCACUGCUUCCACAACUACACAGUGAAGGUCAGCGCCAAGGACGCGGCGGCCAAGCGGUACAUCGUGUCGUUUGCAGCGGAGGGCGUGACGCAGGUGGAGGGCAUGGAGUGCGUCAAGUGCGUGGUGGUGGGGCAGAGCUUCAUGCUGCACCAGAUCCGCAAGAUGGUGGGCAUGGUGCUCGCCGUCAUGAGGGGGCACGCGCCCGAGCAGAUGCUCACCGAUGCCUUCAGGAGGGACAAGCGGUACAACGUGCCGCUGGCGCCGGAGCUGGGGCUGUUCCUGGUGGAGUGCAUGUUCCCCGCCUACAACAACAAGUGGGCCGCCUCGCACCCGGCCGUCACACUGGAGCCGUUCAAAGAGCAGGCGGAGAGGUUCAAGGAGGAGGUGGUGUACCCGCACAUUGUGAGCACGGAGCGCAAGAGCCACGUGUUUGCCGCGUGGCUGUCCAACCUCAACGACCGCAACUACCCAGAUUUUGUGCUCGCGAGAGCUGAGGCCAAGGGUCUGCUGGGUGGUGGUGGGCCUGGUGAGGCAGAGGGGGGAGUGGGGAGUGCAGAGGGGAGGGAGGGAGGUGGAGUAGAGAAGAAAGAGGGAGGAAAGUAG